AAAGCAAGGCAGUCGAUUGGGAGAGAACUGGUUUCACCACUCCUCUGCCUUAGUCUUUCAUCAUAACUCGGGGCCAGGCAGGCAGAUUUUGCAAUGCAUGAGCCCCAGUCCGUCAAUUGGCUCUAGAGACAGCCUCACGCGAAGGGCACUAUACUAGUGCCCAGAUGUCUAGGGCCUUUGGAGAAGGAACUGAGGGAGCUGUAGACUGAAAGAGAGGAGGACUACUGCGAGGGUCUGGAAAGGAUUGCCUCCACGGGGAAUAUGGAGCUGAGAUUUCAUGGAAGGAAGGCAGGUCUGUCCUUUGAGCUCCUUCUCCUGCUCUGUGCUUUUCUUCCCCGUGAGGUACCUGGUAAAGAAGUGAAUCUUCUUGACACAAGUGCUGCUCAGAGUGAGCUAGGUUGGUUGCCAUAUCCUUCAGAGACAGGGUGGGGUGAGAUGCAGGAGUUUGUAAAUGGCAUCCCUCUGCAUAUGUACCAAGACUGCAGUGUUCUCUCCGAGGGCGAUACCGACCACUGGCUCCGGACCAACUGGAUAUUCCGAGGUGAGGCCUCUUCCCGUGUUUAUGUGGAGCUGAAAUUCACCAUUCGGGACUGCAAGAGCUUCAGAGGAGAGGUGGUGAGCUGCAAGGAGACGUUCAACCUCUACUACAUGGAAUCAGAGCAAGAUGUUGGUAUCCAGUUCCAUCGCCCUCUCUUCACCAAGAUCAACACAGUGGCAGGAGACCGUAGUUUCACAGCUCGGGACAUUGCCUCUGGUGCCAUGCAGUUGAACACAGAAGUGAGCCAUAUAGAGAAGCUGCAGCGACGUGGGUUCUACCUGGCCUUUCAGAACUCUGGGGCUUGCAUUGCAUUGGUCUCUGUGAGAGUUUACUACAAGACCUGCUCUGACAUCGUGCGUGGACUGGCCCACUUCCCAGAGACACUGGCUGGUUCUGAGGGACUGACAGAAGUGCCUGGUGUCUGUGUAGAGAACGCAGUCGAGGAAGUGGGGCUUCCACCAAGGAUGCACUGCAGUUCCAACGGGGAGUGGUUGGUACUGGUGGGUCGGUGCGUAUGUGUCCCUGGCUAUGAAGAGGCUGAAGGAAGAUGCAUAGCCUGCCAGCCGGGAUUCUAUCGUCACUCACUGGAAACUGGCCAGUGUCUCAAAUGCCCCCCAAACAGCUCCUCUAGUGCUCCUGGAGCCACAAACUGCCCCUGCCUCAAAGACUUCUUCCGGACUCCCACUGAGGACCAAACUGUUGCCUGUACUCGCCCGCCUUCUGCUCCUCGCAAUGUCAGCUUCUCCCUUGUGGGGACUCAGGUCUCCCUCUGGUGGCAGCCACCCAUUGAUCAGGGUGGGCGCAAGGAUAUCUCCUACAAUGUCUCCUGCGAGCGCUGCGGUUCCCUGAAGUGUGAACCCUGUGAGAGCAGUGUGACUUUUUCCCCCAGCGCGCUAGGCCUUACCGGGCUAAGUGUGACUGUGGAGGGCCUGGAGGCUUGCACCAAUUACAGCUUCACUGUACAGACCCACAGUGGUGUGUCAGCGCUCAGCCCUGUCCCACACAGCAGCACAAGUUCUCCUGUCCAGAUUUCUGUGGGACAUGCAGGCCCUGGCAAGGUGACUAAACUCAUCCUGGCAAGGGUGAACGACAGUAGUCUCUCUGUGACUUGGUCAGCAACACGGCAUCGCAGCCAGAGCCCCAUGAACUAUGAAGUUAGGUACUUUGAGAAGGGAGAAGAUAAACAAUACACUGUCCAGCAUCUCCAGGAACCCCAAGUAACCUUGGCAAACCUGCAGCCCGACACAACCUACCUGCUAAGUGUGCGCUCCAUCACGGAGUUUGGAAAUGGGCCAUUUUCAGAGGAGCAGGAAUUCCGCACUCUUCCACAAGACACUGGAGUUCCCUCUGGAGGAGUGAUUGUCUCCAUAAUCUUUGGAAUUCUGCUGUUUAUUGGUCUGGUCGCAGGUCUCGUUGUUUUCCGGAGAAGGCGUGCAUAUCGUCACCGAGCCCGGCCAUGCCAGAAGCACUCUAGCGACAACCGAGAUGAGAUCUGGUUGAAACCAUAUGUAGAUCUCCAGCCCUAUGAGGAUCCCAGCAGGGGAGUCUUAGAAUUUACUAAAGAGCUGGACCCAUCUGUUGUCACCAUUGAGACAGUUAUUGGUGAAGGAGAGUUUGGGGAGGUCUAUCAUGGGACUCUGCACUUCCCAGGGAAGGAACACAUUGUUGUGGCUAUCAAGACCUUGAAGUCAACUUACUCAGACUCAACAUGGUGGAACUUCCUGCGCGAGGCAACGAUCAUGGGCCAGUUCAAUCACCACAAUAUUGUACGCUUGGAGGGAGUUGUCACAAAAAGAAACCCAAUGAUGAUUAUCACGGAAUACAUGGAAAAUGGGGCCCUAGACACCUUCUUACGGGAGAACAUGGACAAGUUCAGUGCAGUACAGUUAGUGACGAUGCUGCAAGGCAUUGCCUCGGGGAUGACCUACCUGUCAGACCGCAACUACGUACACCGGGAUCUGGCAGCCCGCAACAUUCUGGUGUCUCAGAGUCUUCAGUGCAAAGUGUCAGAUUUUGGUCUUUCCCGGAUAUUGGAAAAUGACGUGGAAGGAACAUAUGAAACAAAGGGUGGUAAAAUCCCUAUCCGAUGGACAGCACCUGAGGCCAUUGCCCAUCGAAUCUUCACCUCAGCCAGUGAUGUCUGGAGUUUUGGCAUUGUCACGUGGGAGGUGCUGUCAUAUGGUGACAAGCCAUAUGGCGAUAUGACCAAUCAGGAGGUGAUGAAGAGCAUAGAGGAUGGGUACCGACUCCCCCCACCUGUGGACUGCCCAUCUAUCCUUUACGAGCUCAUGAAGGUGUGUUGGUCGUAUGAUCGGACACGGAGGCCCCGUUUCCGGGAGAUCCAUGCUCAGCUGGAGCAUUUCAUCUCUAGCCCCAAUUUGCUUCGAACUGUGGCUGACUUUGACCCCAGGGUGACGCUUCGUCUCCCCAGUUGCAGUGGGUCCGAUGGGAUUCCCUAUCGGUCUAUCCCAGAGUGGUUGGAAUCCAUCCGCAUGAAACGCUACAUCAUCAACUUCCGCACUGCUGGCCUGAACACCAUGGAAUCUGUCCUGGAUCUUUCUGCUGAGGACUUGAAGCAAAUGGGUGUGACUCUUCCCGGCCACCAGAAGCGCAUUCUGUGCAGCAUUCAGGGCUUCAAGGAGUGAUGGGGUUUCACAUCACCAAGCUGUUGAUGGGCCCAACCCAACUGAGCAGGACUUGGAGCUGUGUCCUACAGCAUAAGGAGAAGGAAAGGGGCACUGACUAAACCAAUUGUGCACUAACUCUGCAAGCAUCAGCCUGGGACUCUAAGAAUUAAUGCCAGGGACUAUGGGCUGUGCACCACAAACAUUCCUUGUGUCCCAUAGGGUAGAGGUUGAGACUUCAGCUUCCCAGAGCAGGAAGCAACACUCCAAGAGGCUCCCUGCAUAUACCUUGUUUCAUUUUCUGUCUCAUCAGCACUAUUUCAUUCUUGUAUUUCCACUCUUGCAGCAGGCACUCUGCCCAUCUCAUUUCAGUUUUUAAGGAAGCAACAUAUGCUUAUAAUUUUAAGCAGAGCUGAAACCAUUCCGCCAGUAAAGCCGUAUCUAGCCAUAAAGCCCCCCCCCCUUCUAAUGCAAAAGUUGGGCCUGAAGAAUCAGGGAAGAGGAACAUGCUUCAAUUGUUUGCACAGCCUGUGGAGCCAGGACUGUCUACCUUCCAUCAGUGGCCUGGACUUGUCUUUCUUGCACAGAGGUUUGGAUCACAUUAAGACUGCUCACAGACCAUGUUGCUUUUCUGUGGUUUUCUCUCCUGGAAUCUAAUCCUACGAGUGGAAACAGUUUGUUUACAGUAGGGCACCACAUGCUCCUAAGAGUUUUGCUUCCUCAAGUUGAGGAUGUGCCUAUAUAUUUAAAAUACUAAGAGGUGAAGAGAAAGAAAACCCAGGCUUGGAAUUAUGUGUUGUAUAUAUGGUUUUGUAAAUAAACUCACGGCACUGAUAGGAUGCUUUUCUUCCCCAUCUAGCGAUGCCUCAUUAAGUUAGCUCUCUAUUGAGUUCAGUGGAACUCAGCAGGACUACUUUUUUCUGGGAUGGGGUGAUACCAAAUCUAAUAGACCAUUACUUUUUUUUUUAAGGAUCGCUUCCUCUCCUCCUCCUUUUCAAGGAAAUAUUCAAGGUGAAAGAAGACUAUCUGCAUAUCUUGGCUAAUCAGAUGAAAAAGAGUGCAGGGCUCCUGUAUCUUUAAUACUUGGGUUGAAGAGGGAAUUUCAACAGAUGUAGCUUAUCAUGAAAAUCAUACCUGGUAAAAUUAUUCUUCUACCCAACUAAUAGAUUCUAGAGCCCUUUUUUUUUUUCAUCCAACUGUGACACAACAGCCC